AUGGCUAAAGAGACGGUAGCUCUGGCUGCCGAACGGAGGGAGAAUGGGAUCACCAACGUCCAUGCCUGUGUGUCGACUACGGAGACAAGCAGGGCGUCGAAGGAUGGCGCUUCCUGGCGAGAAUGGGUGGUUGCGAACCAGAUAGGUGGUUCGCUUUCAAUUCUCGCUAUCAUAUUCGCCGUACAUGCUUUCGUUCCAUCUCUCAGGGCGUACACCACGCCCUAUCUCGAGCUUCCUCACUACCAUGCCGAGACUGGAAAUUACAAGCAGGGGCUGGACGAUGUCUACUUCGUCAUCAGCUCCAUGCUAGGCUUCACGGCUACCAGAGCUAUAGUAAUUGACUGGUUUUUCUAUCCUAUCGCCACUCAGCUAGGGUUAAGACACAAACAGGCUGUCCGAUUUGCCGAGCAGGGAUGGCUUUUGGUCUACUACCUAGCCUUUUGGCUUUAUGGAAUGAACAUCUGGUAUCACUCUAGCUACUGGUACAAUUUCCGUGCGAUAUGGGCCGAUUGGCCCACCCGCGAGGUCACAGGCAACGUCAAGCUAUACUGCCUCUUACAGCUGUCCUUUUGGGUACAGCAAAUCUUCGUCAUCCACAUUGAAGCCAAACGCAAGGACCACUCACAGAUGGUUGUCCAUCAUAUCAUCACCAGCACGCUGCUCGGAUCCGCAUAUGUCUAUAGCUUCUACAACGUUGCCAACGUGGUCCUCUGUCUGAUGGAUAUUGUUGAUUUCAUGCUUCCUUUUGCCAAAAUGCUUAAAUACCUUGGAUUCGAACGCGCCUGUACAGUUGCCUUUGGUGUCUUCCUUACAACCUGGGUCAUCGCCCGUCAUUUCAUCUAUAUGAGUCUCUGGUGGUCCAUCCACAAAACAGUUCCCACUGAUGUACCGUUCGGAUGCUAUGCCGGCGCCACCGGCAAACAACUGUCGACCGGCUCACCCGACCUGUUCUUCCACACCUUCAACCCCUUCCUGGAUCUCGAUGGCCCAAUUUGUAUGACCAGUACCAUCAAAGUUAUCUUCCUUGGAAUGUUGCUGCUAUUGCAGGUUCUCUCCCUCAUCUGGCUUGGGAUGAUUAUCAAAGUAGCUCUGGGCGUUUUAUGGACGGGUUCAAGCGCAGAGGAUACGAGAAGUGACGGCGAGGAAGAGGUAGAAGACGUUGAGCCGAAGGAGAAGGCCGGCACUUCCUCGGCGAGAGUCACGGCCUCAGAAGGCAGCUCCUGGUCAAGAUCUGUCAUGCCCAACGGUUCAAAUCACCAGAGUCAUCCUGUGCGAAUAAGAACGGCCCGUGGACGAGUUACGUUGAGUGACCAUAAUGAUCGAAAAGCUCUCCUUGGUAGAAUUGGCUGUGACAAGCCAACAUAG